GAUCAAUCAUUUUAAAAAAUGUUCAUCACAAGCAAAUUGACUCGUAUGAAUCGCUUGAUUGCUUCCAAUCAAAAUGCAACCAAUGUACUUUUAAAAUCUUCACAACAACGUUUAUUUUCUACCUUAAAUAAUCAAAUUCGUAAUUCCCAAUUUGAAGAUGAAGAAACUAGUGAAACCAAGACUGAAGAAGAAAAAUCAAUUGAAGAAAUUUUGAGAACUAAAACAUCAUUAACACCAAGUGAAAUUGUUUCUCAAUUGGAUAGGAAUAUUGUCGGACAAGCUGAUGCUAAGCGUGCUGUAGCUGUUGCUUUAAGAAAUCGUUGGAGAAGACAACAAUUGGAUUCCUCUAUCAAGGAUGAAAUUAUUCCUAAGAAUAUUCUCAUGGUUGGUCCAACAGGUGUUGGUAAGACUGAAAUUGCCAGACGUUUAAGUAAAUUAGCCAAUGCCCCAUUUAUUAAAACAGAAGCAACUAAAUACACUGAAGUUGGAUUCCACGGAAGUGAUGUAGAUAGUAUUAUUCGUGAUUUGGUUGAAGUUGGUAUUCAACACACAAAGGAUAGAUUGAGAGCAGCAUAUAAAACUAAAGCUCGUGAAUUUGCCGAAAAUAAGAUUAUUGAAACAUUGACUGGUAAAAAGAAGAAUAGUGAUGAAUCUCUUUUCAAUGAGUGGAGAAAACAAUUGAGGAGUGGAGUAUUGGAUGAUAAAGAAAUUGAAGUUGAACUUCCAGUUGAAAAACCAAGAGGAUUACCUGGAGCAGGAAAUAUGCAAGGAAGAAUGCCACCACAAGUUGAUAUUCAAGAUUUAUUAUCUCCAUUGUUUGGUGGAAGUGGAAGUAAAACUAAGAAACGUAGAAUGAAAAUCAAGGAAUGUCUUCCAAAAUUAGAAGAAAGUGAAGUUGACAAAUUAUUACAAACUGAUGUUGUUAUCAAGGAAGCUAUUCGUUCUGUUGAAGAAGAUGGUAUUGUUUUCAUUGAUGAAAUUGAUAAGAUUUGUAGUUCUUAUAAGGAUAGACAUGAUGCUUCAUCGGAAGGUGUUCAACGUGAUUUACUUCCAAUUAUUGAAGGAACCACUGUUAGUACAAAAUAUGGUAAUGUAAAGACUGAUCACAUUUUGUUCAUUGCAUGUGGUGCUUUCCAUAGUGUUAAACCAAGUGAUAUGUUGGCUGAAUUACAAGGUAGAUUGCCAAUUCGUGUUGAAUUGAAGGGAUUGACUGAAAAGGAUUUCAAUAGAGUUUUGACUGAACCUGAAACAAAUAUUUUAAGACAAAAUAUUGAAUUACUCAAGACUGAAGGUGUUGAUUUGGAAUUCACUCCUAGUGGUGUUAAUGAAAUUGCUAAGGUUGCCUUUGAAGUUAAUACAACAAUUGAAAAUAUUGGUGCUCGUCGAUUGAUUACCAUUGUAGAAAAGAUUUUGGAAGAAAUUUCAUUCAAUGCUCCAAGUAUGAGUGGUCAAAAGGUUGUCAUAACAGAUAAGGAAGUUCAACAACAUGUUGGUGCAUUGUUGAAGAAGUCAGAUUUGAAGAAAUUCAUUUUGUAAAUUUAAUUAAAAAUUGUAAAAAAACUUUGAGGUAAUCUUU